AUGGAUCUAAGUUGUAUUCCAUGUAAAAGACAUGGUAAAUCACCAAAGUAUAAGCUGAAUGAUUCCGCUGGAUACACAGAAAAUCCUCGAAUGGUGAAGCUGAAGGAUGUGUUGGGAACAUGGAUGUCCUUUGAUGUGCCAAAUCAUGUAGAAGAUCUUUGUAAGGAGUGUGAAAAGCCUAAUGGCGACUGUGGUGUAGGGUUAAAAUGUUUAUGUCAUGCAAAAGAAUGCAGUAAGUGCCUUGAUCUUUGA